AUGAAGGCCUUCACAACUUCCUCUCUCGCUGCCGCGCUCUAUGCGGCGACAGCCUCCGCCGACGCUAUUCAGGCUUGCCCGAAUACUGAUGUCUGCUUUCGCGUUGCUGUCCCGGCGGCUUCGUCCAGCUCCGGCAGCGGCAACAUGUACUUCCAGAUGUCUGCUCCGACCAGCUACCAGUGGAUUUCCCUUGGCACGGGUUCGUCCAUGUCCAACGCCAACAUGUUCCUGAUGUACGCCGACGGAAACGGCAACGUUACUAUCAGCCCUCGCACUGCGCGCGGCCACAACAUGCCUACCCUCUCGUCAAGCACCACCCUCGAGCUUCUCAGCGGCUCCGGUAUCGUGAACGGUAACAUGGUCGCCAACGUCCGCUGCACCAACUGCGCGUCCUGGAGCAGUGGUUCUAUGUCCCUGAACUCGGCUUCCAGCUCCUGGGUCGCUGCCUGGAAGUCGGGCAGCGCCCUCAACUCUGCCAGCACCAGUCAGAGCAUCCAGCAGCACGACGAACACACCAACUUCAACCUCGACCUGACCCAGGCGACAGUCCAGACCGACAGCAACCCCUUCACGACUACCUCGGGAAACAGUGGCAAUGGAAGCGGCAGCGGAAGCGGCAGCGGCAGUGGCAGCGGGAAUGGCGGCUCCACCAGCGGCGGCGGUGGUGUUGUAUUUAAUGGAGGCAGUGGUGUCUCGUCCAAGGUUCUCCUCGCCCACGGGAUCAUAAUGACGAUCGUAUUCGUUGCCCUUUACCCCAUCGGAGCCAUCCUCAUGCCCUUGGUAGGCAAGUGGAUGGCUCACGCUGCUUGGCAGUCGGUUGCCUUCUUGCUCAUGUGGGCCGGCUUCGGCACUGGCUACGCUUAUGCUCGCGACAACGGUUAUCUCUUUGCGCAAACCCAUACCCUCCUGGGUACCGUAGUUGUUGCCCUCUUGGCCGUGCAGCCGUUCCUCGGAUACGCCCACCACGCCUACUACAAGAAGUUCCAGACCCGCGGUGUUAUCAGCCACGUCCACAUCUGGUUCGGCAGAAUUGUGAUGAUUCUCGGCAUCAUCAACGGUGGUCUCGGUCUCGAGCUCGCUAGCUCAUCUCGGGCCUAUGUCAUUGCGUACUCCGUGGUUGCUGCUAUUCUCGGCGUUGCGUGGAUUGGAUCCGCCGUUUGGGGCGAGAUGCGCAAGUCCAAGCGCAACACCGUCAAGCGCGAGCAGAGCCACGAGUCUCCGGAUUCCCAGCAACGCAUCCCCUACCGCCAAAAGAAAUAA